AUGACAACAGAGGAAACUUCGUGGCGAACUCAGACUUUCCGUCAAAGUGUUGUUGCCAAAAUUGAAGAGGCUAUUCAGAAAAGUGGAAUGUCUCCUGCAAAAAAUAGCAUUGAAAUGGAGAAUCAUGUUUUCCAAAAAGCAAAAACAAAGGAAGAGUACUUGGCGUUUAUUGCCAGGUUGAUAUUACAUGUCAGAGAAAUGGAUACGCGAAAAAAUGCUGGAGUAGCUGCAGCAGGUGUGCAACCUGGAGCGCAAGGUAUGCCGGAUCCAAUCGGAGCACUGCAAACACUAGCUAGACAAGGAACUGGGAACAAUAACCAGGUGAUGGGUAUGGCCGUAGGACCGAAUCCUCAGAUGGUUCCACAGCAAGCUGCCAAUGCUGCCAGCAAUCUACUCCAAAGUUUGAACCAACGACCAGGAGGAGUUAAUCCUGGAGUGGGAAUGAGCAUGCAAAAUAUGCAGAACAAAAUGCCUGGAAUGGGAAUGAUGGGAGGCCAAGCUUCGAUGGGACAUAUAGGACAAAUGCAGAGCAUGCAAAAUGCCCAGAUGAUCAAUCAGAUGGGUCAGAUGUCUGGCGGGAUUAGUCAGCAGAUAAAUCAAAUGGGUCCCGGGCAAAUGGUCAAUCAAAUGGGACUUGGACCGAUGACUGUUGGACAAAUGCAGCAAAAUAUUCCUAAUCAAAUGCAAGGACAGAUGCAAGGACAGAUGACCAACCAAAUUGGCGGGCCGAUGAACACGGGAAUGCAAUCAGUACCGCAAGCGAUUAAUCAAAUGGGUGCUGCACAAAUGGUUCAACAAAUGGGACAUAUGCAAAGAAAGCCUGUCGAGAUGAUGAACGCUGGGUUCCCUGGUCCAAGGAACGUUACUCCGAAUCAGUUUCUGAGACAGAGUCCGUCGCCCUCAGCUCCUAGUCCUGCCAGUCUAGGAGCUCCAACGAGUAAUCAGAUGGUUGCUUCACCAGCGCUUGAAGAUCAGGCGUACAGAGAAAAAAUUAGACAGCUCAGUAAAUAUAUUGAUCCUUUGCGGAGGAUGAUCACUAAAAUGGGAAGCGAAGGCAAUAUUGAUAAGAUGAGUAAAAUGAAAAAAUUAUUAGAAAUUUUGUCGAACCCUACAAAAAGAGUUCCAUUGGAAACUAUAAUUAAAUGCGAGGUAGUGCUGGAAAAAAUGGACCUCAAACGGGGAGAAGGAAGUGUUGGACCGGUGGUGACUUCGAUGAAAGAACACCACAUUUUUACACCGCUACUGGAAGCUGUGAGUGCGAAUCUCCAGAGCCCGAUGGCGAAUCACACGCUCCAGCGAACCUUCGGGCCCUGCUUGGAAGCGCUUUUCGGCCCGGAAAUAAAGAACUUACCACCGCCGCUGAAGAAGCAAAAAGUCGAAGAGUCUGCUAGCGAGAUUCCGGACGUCCUCCAAGGCGAGAUCGCUCGCUUGGAUCAAAGAUUCAAGCAAUAUCGUCAGAAUAUUAUUUCCAGAAUAGAUGCGGCGUUGCAAAGCUCGGGGGUAUCUCCUAUAAGAAAUAGCGCUGAGAUGGAGAAUUAUGUCUUCCAGAAAGCUAAGACUAGAGAAGAGUAUCAUAAUUAUGUUGGGAAGGUUAUUUUAUUUGUAACAGAAAAUCAUAAAAAAAGUGCAGUAGCCAGAGCAGGAGGAGCAGCUGGUGGUCAAGAUCCAAUGGGAGCAUUGCAAACUCUAACAAGACAAGCAACAGGUAACAAUAAUCAAGUGAUGGUUCUCCAGAGCUUCAACCAGCGUCCAGGCGGUCCGGCGGUGGGAAUGAACAUGCAGAACAUGCAAAAUAAGAUGCCAGGAAUGGGAAUGAUGGGAGGUCAAGGUUCCCCGAUGGGAAACAUGGGACAAAUGCAGAACAUGCAGAACCAAAUGAACAUGCAGAACCAGAUGAACCAAAUGUCAGCAGGGAAUAUCAACCAGCAGAUGAACCAAAUGGGUCCUGGACCAGGUCAACAAAUGGGCCAAGUAAAUCAAGGUCAGGUUAAUAUGCAGCAGCAACAGCAACAGAUGAACCACAUGCGUCAGGAAAACAUGCAGCAGAUGAAUAUGAACCAGGCGCAAAUGGGACAGCAAAUGCAGGCCAACCAAAUGCAGCAAAAUGUCCAGCAACAAUUGCAAGCUCAAAGACAACCCCAGAUGGUGAAUCAGAUGGGAGGAGCUCCCGUGGCUGGAAAUAUGCAAGGUGGAUCCCAGAAUAUUAAUCAGAUGGCCGGCGGGCAAGUCACUGGCCAGAUUAAUCCUCAGCAACAGAUGCAGCAGAUCCAGCAGAUGAACCAGGCUCAGCAGAUGGGGCAUAUGCAGAGAAAGCCCGUCGAAAUGAUCAACGCUGGGUUUCCUGGACCGAGGAACGUUACGCCCAAUCAGUUUCUGAGGCAAAGAAUGGUACCAUCACCCAGUGCGUCUUUGAAUACUCCGUUGGGUGCUGGAGCUGGUUCCCCACAAGAUGAACAGGCGUACAGAGAAAAAGUUCGACAGCUCAGUCGAUACAUUGAUCCGUUGAGAAAAAUGAUUGCCAAAGCGGAAAGUGAUGGAAAUAAUGAUAAAACGAGCAGUAACAAGAUGACAACUUUGUUAGAUAUUUUAUGUAACCCCUCAAGGAGAGUUCCAUUAGAAACUCUACUAAAGUGUGAAACAGUCCUGAAAAAUAUGGACCUAAAGCGUGAAGCUGUUAGCAGUGUAGGUCCAGCUGUUCCACCGAUGAAAGAACACCACAUUUUUACACCGCUACUGGAAGCUGUGAGUGCGAAUCUCCAGAGCCCGAUGGCGAAUCACACGCUCCAGCGAACCUUCGGGCCCUGCUUGGAAGCGCUUUUCGGCCCGGAAAUAAAGAACUUACCACCGCCGCUGAAGAAGCAAAAAGUCGAAGAGUCUGCUAGCGAGAUUCCGGACGUCCUCCAAGGCGAGAUCGCUCGCUUGGAUCAAAGAUUCAAGGUGAGUCUGGAUCCAGCUCAGCAGAACGGCUCCAAGUGCAUCCAAUUGAUCUGCUGGCUCGACGACCGACAUCUUCCCUGUGUUCCUCCAGUCUCAGUGACCGUGCCCUCGGAUUACCCUCUGACGCCUCCUCGUUGCGUGAUGGCUCCUCACGAGUACACCACCGCGUUCCUCAGCGCCGUCCAGAAAGCUCUCACUGCCAGAACUACUAAGUUACCGCGAUGUUUCUCCGUCUCGCAGCUUCUUGACACCUGGGAGAUGAGCGUCAGACAAGCCAGCGCUCCCACUCAGACUCCAGUUUCUUCUGCUACCGUUCUUAUGGGCUUAUAA